AUGGACCUGAGGACGGAAGAGCUGGAGGACGGAGAGAUCUGCGACGAUGAGCCCGAAGAGAGUGAUCUUCCACGGGGGGGGGAGGGGAACAGGCCGGAAGAUCCUCCACCUAGACCGGGAGAUCCUCCACUGAGACCCCCUCACCAUCCGGGUCCCCAGCCGGGCCCCCAGACCCACAACAUGCCGCCAGACCUACGCCCCCCGUACCACCGCGGACCCCCGUUCCCGCCGAUCCACCGGCAGCCCGACCGGCCCGCCAGUCCACCUCCUCCGGCCCCCGGUCCUCUGCCGAGCCCGAGGUCCAGCUUCUGGGAACGGAGUCACGGGGCGCUGGGCCGCUUCAGGCACCGGGCUGUGCCGAACCGAGGGGGCCGGAACCGAGGGGGCCGGGGCGGGAGAGGGGGCCGGGGGCGGUUCGGUACCGGAGAUAGUCGGCUAGGUCCUGGAGAGGGACCUGUUGGUCGAUUCGGUCCUGGAGAUAGUCGGUUCGGACCUGGAGAGGGUCGGUUAGGUCCUGGAGAGGGUCGGUUAGGUCCUGGAGAGGGUCCUGUGGGUCGGUUCGGUCCUGGAGAGGGUCCAGGCGGUCGUUUCGGUCCCGGAGAUAGUCGGUUAGGUCCCGGAGACGGUCCUGUGGGUCGGUUCGGUCCUGGAGAGGGUCCUGUAGCUCGCUUCGGUAUCGGAGAGGGUCCCCUGUCUAGGUUUGGUCCAGGAGAUAGUCAGUUCGGUCCUGGAGAGGGUCCUGUCGGUCGGUUCGGACCUGGAGAUAGUCGAUUAGGUCCCGGAGAGAGUCCCAUCGGUCGGUUUGGAUCAGGAGACGGUCCUGUCAGUCGGUUUGGAUCAGGAGACGGUCCUGUGGGUCGCUUCGGUACCGGAGAGGGUCCUGUCGGUCGGUUCAGUACCGGAGAGGGUCCUGUCGGUCGGUUCGGUCCGGGAGAGAGUCCCAUCGGUCGUUUUGGAUCAGGAGACGGUCCAGCCGGCCGAUUAGGUCCCGGAGAAGGUCCAGGCGGUCGGUUCGGACCCGGAGAGGGUCCAGGCGGUCGUUUCGGUCCAGGAACUAGUACCCCGGCGCGGUUUGGUCCAGGAGAUGUUCCUCUGGGUCGGUUCGGUACCGGAGAGGGUCCCCCUGCUCGGUUCGGACCUGGAGAUAGUUGGUUCGGUUCAGGAGAGGGUCCUGUUGGUCGGUUCGGUAUCGGAGAUGGUCAAGGUAACAAGAAGGACUCCCCCUCCAGAAAACAGAAGCCGCUGAGGGGCAGGAGGCCGGCUCACGGACCCUCUAAAGCAGAGAGGGCCGGGGACGAGUCCUUCGAGGACCUGCUGUCCAAAUACAGGCAGAUCCAGAUGGAGCUGGAGAGCAUCCGCAAGCAGGAGACUAUGGCCCUGCAGCCCCCCGUCAAAGACCAGGACCCCCAGUGUGCCACCACACUCCCAGAGACCGGACCAGGACCAGAACCAGGACCGGAACCGGAACCAGGACCAGAACCAGCAGAGGAGCCCUCGGAGCUGGAGAAGGCAGAGAAGAAGGUGUUCCAGGCAUUCAACAUCAAGCCUCUCCGUCAGAAACUCCCUCCGCCCGCCAAGCUGGAGACGCUGAGGCUGGGAGACACGCCGGCAGGAGGUGAAGAAGAAGAAGACAAAGCAGUCGGGGCAGCAGGAGGUGAACCAAAAGCUGACGAAGAGGAGGAGGAGGAGGAGGAGAAGAAGAAGAAGAAGUGUGUGUGCUGCAGCAGCGAGGAAACCAACGAAGAAGAGAGAAACAACUGUGUGUGCUGCAGGGAGUCCUCGGCCUCCAGCGAGGAGGAGGCGCAGGAUCAGGUGAGGAACCUUUAGAUCUACACCAGGGGCUCUCAAACGUUCUGUUG